AUGUUCUUUGGAAAGAGCUUGCUUAUUGUCGUUCUUGUAGCCAUUCUCGGUGUCAUUGCUUGCAAUGUUGUUAGUGCUGAGGAACCAGUUUUCACAUGUUUCGGUUUGAAAUCCACUGAUAAGGGUGUCUGUUCUCGUAGAGGAAAAUGUGUUGGCAAUAACAAGUGUGAAUGUUUUGCCCCAGAAUUGAGCGAACCAAAAAGAUGUAGAGCUACUGGUUUAAAGAAGCCAAAGAAGGAAGAAGUUUUCACUUGUUACGGAAAGAAAUCCACCGAUAAGAAUGUCUGUUAUGGAAGAGGAAGAUGUGUUGGUAAUAACAAGUGUAAAUGUUAUAACAGAGACAAGAGUGCUGCUUGUGCACCUGAUAGAGAGCACAGUGAUCUCAGAAGAAAGUUAAAAGACUUGUCUUUGAAGAGAAAACAAAACAAGACACAAAAUAAGGUUAGAAAGCCAGUUUACACCAAAAAGUCAGUUAAGAAAUAA